GUCAGUCCUCUCCUUUAACUCCGAAAGGAGCAGCAGCUUCCCCCCCUCCCUCUGUUCUUCCCUCCCUCCCAAGCUGUUUGCUGCAAAGAAAUAACAACCGGGGCGUAGAGUGUGCCGCCAGCUCCCACUGCUACCUUCACUAAUACCAACAUGAACAUGAAAACGGUUGUUAUUCUUCUAAUAUUGGCUCUGGCUACAAUUUUUGCUUUAGUUUGUGUCUUGCUGACCAGAAAGGAAAACAUCACGAGGUGUGGCUCCUCAAGGCUCCAGAAUUCCCCUAAGGGUGCCAUCAGAGAUCCGAGCCAGAUCUUUGCUGACCUGACAGCCGAUGAGAUAGCCCAAGUGGUGAAAUACCUCAAGGACAAUCUCGGUGUGCACCUGGAAGAUGCAUUUUAUGCGAAACCAUCCAAUAACUGCAUUUACUACCUGGAUACUCACCUCCCCCCUAAAGCACAGGUACUGGGUUUCCUUGAUCAUGGAAGGGAUCAGCCCCCUCGACAGGCAUCGGCUGUGGUGUACUUUGGAGACCAGCCAGACCCAAAUAUCACAGAGUUUGUAGUAGGUCCCCUCCCAAACCCAACGUACCAUCGAGACAUCACACGUAAGAAGUUUGACAAGAAGGUGCCAUACCACAGCAGACCAGUGACCGAGAGGGAGUACAGAGAUAUUGACUUGUUAAUUUUCAAUGAGCUCUCCAGUGCCCCCAUCUUCCUCAAAGAAUGUUGCGAGUAUAAUGGGACUAACCUGGCUACUCUGACCACAGCCCCCCGAGGGUUUGAGUCUGGCGACAGAGCCACGUGGUUUGUCCUGUUCCAGAACGUGGUUGGCAGUGGAUACUACAUCCACCCUGUUGGCUUGGAGGUGCUGGUGAAUCACAGCAGUCUGAACAUCUGUGAGUGGAAGGUGGAGAAAGUCUUCUACAAUGGCCAUUAUUAUCAGGACCCAACACAUCUGGAAAGGGAGUUCAGAGAUGGACGUGUGAAGGAGGUCAGAGUGAAGGCAGUCCAGCUGAACGAUUUUCCUCUCAGGAAGCCUUUGGGGUCUCCUGUUCAUCCAGGUCCUUUUCAGUUUGAGCCCCAGGGGAUACGCUACACCGUGACAGGCAGUCACGUUGCCUACCAGUCAUGGAAGUUUGCCUUUGGGAUGAAUGUGAACACAGGUCCACGUCUCUUCAACAUCAGAUUUGGUGAGGACAGGAUUGUCUAUGAGUUGAGUCUGCAGGAAGCUCUUGCUACUUAUGGCUCCAACUGUCCAGGGGGGAUGGUGACCAGGUACAUGGAUGGCAGCCUUGGCAUUGGGAAGUUUGCUUACGAAUUGGUUCGGGGAGUAGACUGCCCCUAUAUGGCUACCUACGUAGACCGAUACUACUUGAUAGACUCUGACAUCCCAAAACUGAACAAGAACUCUUUCUGCAUCUUUGAGCAUGACAUGGGUGUGCCUCUGCGUCGACAUUUUUCUGACAUGGGCUCCUUCUAUUAUGAGGGGUUAGCCAAAUAUGCUCUGGUCUUAAGGGCAAUUUCCACUCUCAUCAACUAUGACUAUGUCUGGGAUUUUGUGUUCUACCAAAAUGGUGCUAUAGAAGUCAAAGUUCAUGCCACAGGAUACAUCAGCUCUUCAUUCUUAAUGGAUGGCGGCACUUCAUAUGGGAACAGGGUAGGGGAACACACACUUGGAACCAUGCACAAUCAUCUGAUGAACUAUAAGGUCGACUUGGAUGUUGGAGGAACUAAGAAUACCUUGGUGGCUCUUGAUAUGGCGUUUGAGUCUGUUCCGGCCCCUUGGAGCCCAGAACACCAGAUCCACCGGCCAGUGCUCACAAGACGAAUCCUGGACAGUGAGGAAAAAGCUGCCUUCCCUCUUGAUGGCAAAGUCCCUCGGUACCUGCACUUUGCCACCAGCCGUGAAAACCAGUGGAAUCACCAGCGUGGCUACCGCAUCCAGAUUGUCAGCUUUGCAGGCGACCACUUGCCUGAAGCUAGCACCAUGGAGAAGUCCAUCAGCUGGGGCAGGUACAAGCUGGCUGUCACCAAGCGGAAAGAGGAGGAGAUGACCAGCACAUGCAUCUAUAAUCAGAAUGACCCCUGGGAUCCACUGGUGGUCUUUGCUGAUUUCAUAAACAAUGAGACCAUCAUCAAUGAGGAUCUUGUGGCUUGGAUCUCAACUGGCUUCUUGCACGUGCCACAUUCUGAGGACAUCCCCAACACUGUGACUGUCGGCAAUGGAGUGGGCUUUUUUCUCCGGCCUUACAACUUCUUUGAUUUUGAUCCCUCCAUCAACUCCCCUGAUGGCGUCUCCUUCACAGCUGACCAAGAUGCUAGCAAGUGUGACAUCAACCAAGCGGCCUGCUUGCAGAAGACUGCUUCAUGUUCCCACAGCCUACCUCCAUAUACCUACAGUGGCUUCCAGAACUUGACAAGUCACUGACAAGAGGAAAGUCUCUGCAUGUUUUCCCAAAAGGUGCCUCAGAUUUAGCUGAAGCCCAAGCUAUGCCUGGCCUGAACACCCCCAAUUCUACAUGUUCAUUCUGUCUGCUCCUUUACCUGUUGCUGCCUUGACAGCGUUAACAGUUUGUGGCAGGUGAGAUUUUUCCCUCUUAUGCCACAGGUGGAGAAGCAGUGGCCUCCAGAUGUUGCUGGGCUACAAGUCCCAUAAUCUCUGACCAUUGGCCAUGCUGGCUGGGGCUGAUGGGAGUUGCCGCAACCAUUACAUAAGCAGGGCUGGAUUAAGCUGAGGAGGGCCCCUAGGCUGAUUGGUGUUUGGGCCCCCCAUCCCCAUGCUUCACCUACCUUUCUGAUGUUUUUUGCAGAGCACUCAGGUUUGCCAUCAAUCAAGAUGGCGGCAGAAGUUUCCCUAAGGAGCUGAAGCCUCUGUCGCCAUCUUUGUUGAUGACAGCAAUGUGCGCAUGUAGCACGCAUGCGUGCCAUCAGCCAAGAUGGCGGCAGAGGCUUCAGCCCCUUAAGGAAACCUUGGCCGCCAUCUUUAAUGAUGGCAAAUCUGCGCGCUGCAAAAAACAACGGAAAGGUAGGUAAAGCGGGGGGAUAGCGGGGGAUGGUGGUCCGUGGAUGCUUCUGCGGAUCGCAGAAGGAGAGCGGAGGGCCCCCUGUAGCUCCAGGGGCCCUCAGACCACUGCCCCACAGGCCCCCAAGAGCUCCGGGCCCCUAGGCUUCAGCCUACUAAGCCUAAUGGAUAAUCCGGCCCUGUAUAAGGCUGCAGCAGAUGAGGGAAGAGAAGGGAUGCAGGAUCAGAGAGACCAAUGACUUUAAUGCCUCCUCUUUCUUGAUCUUUUCCACCCCUGCUGGUUAUUAGAAGAACUUGUAACAAAAAACUUGUACUUGGGUUUGCUUAUUGAUUUCUCCCUCUCAAACCACUUUCCUUUUGUGUCAUGCCCUUUUAGAUAGUAAGCUUGAGGACAGAGACUUGGACUGCUUCCACACAUGGGGCUUAUUGCAUCAGUUUGUUGCGUUAAGGAACUGUGGCUUUUUUGGCGGAUAUACUGGCAUUUUGUGCCAAUGUCUUUCACACUACUGCAACAAGCUCCUUGUUUUCAUCCCUCAUCCAUUAUACACAUGCACACUGUAGUUCCUCCAUAAUUCACUGCACGAGUUAGUGUCUGGCCGCAGAGGUGUGGGUGUGAGGAAGGGGAACCUGUUACCCAUGCCUACACCAGAAUACUGGUACAAUUGGCAUCGGGGGGGGGGAGCAAAAAAAAAAUGUAUGCCUAAAGGUCAGGAGCACACUGCAUGCUGGGAUGCCUGUCACGUGAGCAGCUGCAGCUAGCACAAACCCGCAAUUUCCCAGGUUCCCAAGCUUGCAAAUAGAUCAUUUCUGGAAUCAUUUAUCACAGAAAUGAGUGCUAAACUUCCACUAUAUUCCACUAGAUUUCCAGAACUAGCUUUACAUUGUGCAAAAGAUCAAAUAAAAUGGGCAAAUUAUCAGGUAAGAAAUCAUCGGAAUAAAGUACAGUGUGAAAGCAGCAUGUUUUUUUCCUUUAUAGUGAUCUGUAAGGGCUCAUCUACAUGGGAGUAUUUCUUCGUAGCAAAUACACUGUUUUUACCUUCGUUACUGAUUUGCACCAUCCACAGUUCCUGCUGCAUGGUAGCUGCCAAUUGGUUUUUCCCAUUCACACAAGCAUUGCUCUGGGAAGGUUUAGUCUCACUGUUUCCUUGUGGCUCUGCCCUAUAAUUAUACAUUUCUAUUCUGUCCAGUUGCUAGGUGACUGAGCAUGCUCAGUCUGUUCUACCAGCUGCAGUAGGUUCCUUUUUAAAAAAAACCAGAAGUGUGAAUAUCUGCGUUUUCCCUGACCUAUGGUUGGUAAGAUACAGCUGAAAUACAAAACUUUGAGCAAUAUUACGCUUUUGCACACAAGUUAGGGGGAAAAGAAAAUAAAGGCACUGUUUGUAGCAAAAUAAAAAAGGCCAACAGAAUGGAGGUGAGCAGCCAGAAGUUGCUUGUCACCCCACAGGAAACAAAAUGAAAGAAGAGAGGAGAUAGUGGGCAUGGAGAGGGGAAUUAUCGACACACCCACCUAAAAGCAUCAGAGCAUCUGCAAGCACUAGAGAAAUUGAUUAGAGACUUUUUCCCCUCUCCUUUUUGUAUUAUCAGCAGAUUGGGUUAGUAUGGAUGCUGGCUGAGCCUGAUGGCAGUUGUAGUCCAGCAACAUUUGGAUGGAACUCUUUCCAGCUCUCCUAUUCCUUCACCCUUGCUGUACACUCAGUGCUUGUCCACGUUUGAGCAUUAUUUAGCUGUUAAUCCAUAUUUUCCUUAUUAAAAUCAGACCCACAUGUAUUUUAAUUUGUGUAUGAGGAGGAACUUCAGUCUUUCCCGUUCAUACCACUAGACAGUCCCUUUCGUAUUUGACCCCGCUUCUAAUAUGUUGAUUCUAUUAUGCCAUUGAAGUACCAAUAGGGUAUGCCUGUCCGUGUUGUAAAAAAUAUUUCCUCGCCCAAGAAGUGUGCAAAAGCAUACAGGUAGGCAACUGUAAACUUGCUUGUGCCGUUUCCUAGUUGUGUGGACAAGACCUCAGAGAGGGUCCUCUCCUGCCUUAACUUUCUUGUGGGCUCUCUAGGAGGAACAUAGGAAGUUGCCUUAUGGUGAGUUCAGUAUUGUCAACACUGAUUGGCAGAGGCUCUCCAGAAUUUCAGACUGCUGUUUUUCCUCAGCUGUACCUGAAAAUGCCAUGGAUUGACCCUGGAACCUUCUGACUGCAAAGCAGAUGGCUCUACCAGUGAGGAGUGCUGCCGCAAAGGACCCACUGCCAUUUUGUCCUACUGUCUUAGCUCACUGAGCUGGUUUUUGUACCACUGUGUAGAGGGAAGCUGUUGUAUUGGCCACAGUAGUAUUCUCCUUCAUCCUCACUACCUACACUGUUGAUAUUGAAGUCAGUGUUGUUGUGGGUGCUACUAAAGUGAUCCAGGGUCCCUCCAAAACAGCUUGAAGCACCAUAACUAACUUGGGGUUUUGUCCUAGUUUCAACUGAUAUAAGGCCAUGUAAUGAUUGACAGAAGAGGAAGCUUUGCACUGAAUGGUCACUCUGUCCCCAGGACUUGCCUGUAAAGAAGCUGGUGUCUGAGUGAUAACAAUCUGCCCUCUAGAUUCUAGACGGAGAGAAAUAAAUGAAUUAAUCUGUAACAUUUGCCUUAGAAAUUCAGAUAGAACAACAUCUCUCUUAAAACUUAACUUCAAAGAAACUCAAGACAAGCAAAAUCAAAUAAAUCUGUAACAUGAUGAUGCUGUUUAUGAAACUCUUUUUCUUAUUUCCCAGAUAAUGUCAACAGUAGGGAUGUGCAAAAAAAUCAAUGUAUCAAAUCCACACUUUCUGAAACAAUAUUAGAACCAAAACAGCCAUCCUUUGAAAUUUGAACAUUCAAAAUUUGCACUGCAGUUUGCAUACCAAACAAUGUUUACAAAAAUGCAUAUGUUAGGGGAAAGUGUGCAUGAAAAUGAAUAUAUAUAAAUCCAUUAUAAAAUCCAUUAUAUGAUGAGAAUAUAAAAUCCAUUAUAUGAUGAGAAAUUGCUUGCAAAAUAUGUACAUUAGUCAAAUCUGCCUACAAAAAUGUGUUUAUUGAGAAGUUUAUGCUAAAAUGCUGGAGAAUUUUCAAGAGGAUUUUUUUUUUAUUGCAAAUUGUUGCAGAAAUUUGGAGAACUGAAUGUAAGACUGGAAAAAUAAGAAAUUGAGAAAAACAAAAUUGACAGAUCUUUCAGUCCCUAGUGGGGAUAUAAGCAUCCCAAGACCAUGUGCAAAGAGAAAUUUUAAAUGGCCACUUGAAAGGGCAACACUUUUCAUCAACCAAUCACUCUCGGUUUAAAUAAUUUCUGAAUAACCAUGUAUUCCUAUGGUGUCUGUCCCCAAGGGCUCACAUCUACUCUUUUACUUUCUUUCUUACUCUUUCUUUUACUUUAAAUGAGUUCGCUAAAUUCUCUUGCUAGACAUACCCUUACUGUCAUAGGAACUGUACUUAACCAGUUGUAACUUGGCGAUAAAACUACUGUUAUCUCUCCUUGGAUACUAGAGGGUGGAUGAUCAUAAAGGACAUAUUUUUGCCCUCCAGCCAGGGAAGAUAUAGUUGGGGCAGAGUGCUACUGUCAAUGGUGGUGACACACUCCAGACAUCCUUACACAAUGCAAGAGAAUGUUGAGAUAAUCACUACUUUUUCUUUUUAGUAAGAGGUGUAACAAAGAGGAAACAGAAGCAGUUUAAGCUCAGAAGGGACCAGGGAUGUGGACUACAUCUACUAAAAUUAGUGUUAGAAUAAACAACUUAUUUAACUGCUUAUUAAGUUUCAUAUGCUUGGUUGCCUUGGUCACAUUUUAACGGAAACAUGGGAUGUACAUAAAACGCAUUUCAAUAAAUACUGCCAUUUUAUUUGCCAGUCUCCAUUUUGUAGGGUAUAACAUAGCAUAGAUCUCCUCCAGAUGUCCUUUUUAUUGCACAUUUGUGAUGUUUUAUGCUCAUGAUGGUAUUGGGGCGGUUAUAUGCGAUCCCCCUUUCAAUACAGGUUGUGCCUGCAGAAGUUUUGCUUCAUUUCCAGUCAGUGCAUAUCCUGUAACUUCUGAAUGGAAUCCUGUAACUUUUCAUACCACAAAUGUUCUGGUUAUCAUUUGUCCAUUUUUGUUCCACUAUAGGUCUCCCAGACAGCAAUAGUGUGGUAGCAUUAGGGAAGCAACACAGAACAAACUAAAGCAAAAUAAAUCUACCGCUAGUGCACUAUUGUUGUGUUAAGAACAUGCUGCAGAAAUCACCCACAAUUAUUGUGUUAAGGACAUGCUGCAAAAUACAUCCGUAAUAAAACUCCAUCUGGAGGGGCCCAUGGAGUGAUGUUUGCCUCCUUUUGAGGUGGGGUAGUGGUGAAUGGAGGAACGGGGGACCUCCAAGAGAAAGGCAAUGGGUUGAGGAGUGACCUUGCAUUGAAUGGCUUGUAAAGAACAAUUAGAAGCAGCACAGAGAUUGGCCAUCAUCACUUUCAUCAGUGCUGAAGUGGCAUGUUGUGUCUUUUAAUUGCUUUUAAUAUCCCAUUAAAAAAGAAGAGCCUUGCCUUCCUGAACAGAAAGCAGAACAUAUGGCCUUUGCGGGCAGUGAGUGCCCGAGGAUGGGGAAAGCAACAUGCACUGGGAUUUUUCUGGUCAUCCCUGGUCCUCAUGGCAGACCUGCGAAUGUUCUGCGAGCUCAGUUGGCUGAAAGAGAGCCACUGCUAGGUAAAAAGAGCAGGGUUAAUAUGUAACAAUUAUUAAUAUGUAUCAAAUUAUGGGUGGGAAGAUGAGUGAGGAUAGGGUUGCCAGGUCCAUGGCCUGA